GGCGCGCGGGCCCCACCCGGCGCGCGCGGGGCUCGGGGCGGCGCGCGGCGGUGCGGCAGGAGGGUGCGCGGCGCGCGGACAAUACCGGGGCGGCGGCAGCGGCUCGGCCUCGAUCGGCUCCGCCCGGACCCGCUCGGCUCGGCUCGGCUCGGCUCGGCUCUACUCGGCCCCGCGCGGCUCGUCCCGGCUCGGCUCCGCCCCGGCUGGCCCCGCUCGGCCCGGCUCGGCUCGGCUCGGCCCCGCCCCGGCUGGCCCCGCUCGGCUCGGCCCGGCCCGGCACCAUGCUGGCGCUCUUCAACAAGCUGCUGGACUGGUUCCGGGCGCUGUUCUGGAAGGAGGAGAUGGAGCUGACCCUGGUGGGGCUGCAGUACUCGGGCAAGACCACCUUCGUCAACGUGAUCGCGUCAGGACAAUUCAACGAAGACAUGAUCCCAACGGUGGGCUUUAACAUGAGGAAAAUCACCAAGGGGAACGUUACCAUAAAGCUCUGGGACAUCGGCGGCCAGCCGCGGUUUCGCAGCAUGUGGGAGCGGUACUGCCGCGGAGUGAGUGCCAUCGUGUACAUGGUGGAUGCCGCCGACCAGGAGAAGAUAGAGGCCUCCAAGAAUGAACUGCACAACCUGCUCGACAAGCCGCAGCUCCAGGGCAUCCCGGUCCUAGUCCUGGGGAACAAGCGAGACCUGCCCGGUGCCUUGGAUGAGAAGGAGCUCAUUGAGAAGAUGAACCUCUCUGCCAUCCAGGACCGAGAGAUUUGUUGCUACUCCAUCUCCUGCAAAGAAAAGGACAACAUCGACAUCACCCUACAGUGGCUUAUCCAGCACUCGAAGUCUAGGAGAAGCUGAGAUCCUGCAGACCACGGCUCGGAUCGGGAAGAUGCCAUUGUACAAGCCCAUGCCCCUUCUCUCUCCUGCUCUGUCCCUCCAGCUCUCUAGAUGGGUAUUUUUAGGGGACCCCAGACUCCGCUCGCAUUGAGGUGGAGCCCUUGUUUUUAUUGUAAAGAAAACGUCCGACUCCGCCCUCCUCUCCUCUCUGUCUCUUCCUCCCAUUUUGGCACUGUUCUGUUGUUGUCUGUGUAUACAGUAUAUAUAUAUAUGUAUAUAUAUUUUAAUUUUUUAAUUUAAGCGAUAGCGCUGUUACUAAACUGGGCCCUGUGAGUGGUAGGAAGGCUGUGGGCUCCCCGAGGCCAGCCGAGGGUCAACGCUGGGAGGAAGAUGAGGGUGGUGGCAGAAGGCUGCCCCUUGGGGAUGGGGCUCUGCCAGGCUGUGGGCAAAGUCCCCUGGGGGUCCCUCGUCCCUUCCUCCCUUCCCUGGGUGUCCUGCCUGCACCCCUGGGCAGGGAGCAUCCCCGGCCUGCCUUGCCCUUCCCUGGGCUUCGACCCCACAAGCAGGGUUUGGGGGGAGGCGGUGCCGCCCCCCCGGGGCUCCUCACCCCUUUCGGGGGGACAGGGAUUAGUCACGACCCGCUGCCUCCCCCCCUGCCAUCACCUCCAGCUGCCGUGCCACUGCCCCAACCCCUCCUCUCUGCCCUGGGCCGCUCGUCCCUCUGCCCCACGUUCCCCCCCAGCCCCCGCACCCGGGCCAAAUCCUGCCCCGCUGCCCAGUCCUGCUGCUUUGCUGCGCUGGGGCAGCCCUCUGAGGGGCUGGUGCCAGCACGGAGGGGCCCAGCAAUGCUCCUGCCCCCUCCCUGCCCCAGCUGCCCCUGGAGGUGGCUCGGCCUGUGUAGCCUCUCGGGGCGACUGUGCUGGCCCCCCACGUGCCAAAAGGCAUCGCCUGUGCCCGGCCGGGGGCUGCUGGCUCUGCCCCAGCCAAGGGCAUCGUGCAGGGGUGCCGGGGAGGGGGGGACACACCUGCAGACACCUAUGGGGCCAUGUGCCCCUGCAGUGCUGCCUGCCAGAGCUGGGGGGGGGGUGGCUCCAGGACGUGCCCCCGCUCCCUGUGCCCUGCUCCCUUGCUGGCCCCCAGCUCUGCUGCCCUGGGUGGGGGGGGACAUGAGGGCGGGGGGACACGGGGCGGCGGGGCUGGGGUGGGCAUGGUUGGGUUGUUGUCUGCAGGUGGGGAGAGGGCGAGAGGAAACUGGGCGGGGGGGGCGGUCAGGAAGGCUUUGCCCAUCUGUGGCAUGUGAUGAGUUGCUGGGUCUCUGCAGGCACAACCUGGGGGCCUGGCCAGGUUGGUUGAGGCCAGUUUGGGGGAGACUUAGCUGGGCUGGGGGGGAUGUGCUGGCAUCGGGAGCGUGGGUGCGUAGUGGGGUCGGGUCAGUGGCACAGCGGGGAAGCAGCUGCCUGUCCCCAGCUCAGGGCUGGGGGAGGGUGGCGGUGGCCCAGGGGCAGGGGGCUGCAGGGCCCCUUCCCCUGGCUCGGCUCCAGGGCGGUGAGGCUGGAGGUUUCUCUUCUGUUCUUAUUUUUGCAGAAUUGCACAAAGAGAGGUUUUCUUUUUUUCUUUUCUUUUCUUUUUUCUUUUCUUUUCUCUUUUCUUUUCUUUUCUUUUUUCUUUUUUCUUUUCUUUUCUUUUCUUUUCUCUGUUCUGUUCUGUUUUUUUUAAUUUAAUGAAUUGUAAAGUGUUGUCACCCCCCAACCCCCCUUUUUUUUGUUUUAAGAGAUAUUUUGGCUCAGAUUUGACCUCUGUUGGGAAAUGAUUCUUGUAACUGUACAAUUUUUUUGCCUCCUAAUAAUAAUAAAUUAACAAUUUUGCGUUGGGGGGUGUGGUUG